AUGGGUGCGGGAGGUGCGGAUAGGUGUUGUGAGUCCAAGCUGUGGCUCACCGUGUUGGGUGGUGCUACUGUCAUUAUGGACAAGACUGACUAUGGCAAUAAGGCCAACCAGGCCUUUAAUGACAGAGAGGACUAUACCCCAAUUGCUGAGGAUCCGACGAAAAAGCAGGGCGCAUCUAUAAAGAAGAAGGUGAACGAGCUCACUCGUAAAAAGCUCAUAAACCCCACGGACUCCAAAUUUCUGACUCCCAACGACACCCGUAUUGCACGUGCUUAUGGCCUCCCAAAGGGGCACAAAGCGGGUGCCCGUUGAGGAUCAUAGUGCCGCUCAUUGGAUCGCCUACAUAUAACCUUGCCAAGUGGCUGUACAAGCACCUAAAGCACCUCACGAAUGUAUGGCAGUACAGCAUCAACAACUCUCAUGCUUUUUUUCAGAGGAUCCAAGGCCUUAAUGUAAGCCCUGCUGAAUGCAUUUUAUCGUUUGAUGUAUUUGCUCUAUUUUCCUCAAUACCGCAUAACUUGGCCAUUGAGAGCGUAGCUCGACGCCUAGAGGAAACUCCGAUUGGCAUUCCAACAGAGCACCUUUUAGACAUGCUUGGGCUUUGUCUUAAGAACUAUUGUCAAUUCGAUGGCAGGUAUUAUCAGCAGGUCAAGGACACCCCCAUGGGUUCACCGAUAUCGGGCCUACUCGCCGAACUAGUCUUACAAAAACUAGAAGAAGUUGUUAUUCAAGUCAUCAGACCAAAAAUGUGGCUCCGCUACGUAGAUGAUACCUUCGUAGUAACAAAAAACUGCGAAGUUGAACGACUGCACCAGAGUCUUAACGGUGUUUUCUCCGCCAUACAAUCCACACGCGAAGAAGCAACAGGGGACAUCCUCCCUUUUCUUGACGUCAGUGUACAAAGACUGACUGAUGGCAAUCUCGCAACCAGCGUCCACAGAAAAGACUUCAGUGCCGAAAUCAUCCUCAACUACGGGAGUAAUCAUCGUGCGGCCCACAAAAAAAGCUGCGUUCGAACUCUUUUUCACCGAGCCUUUCGGUACUGUAGCAGCCAGUAUCUACUUAAGAGAGAGCUAGCCUACUUAUACGAAUUAUUCCGAUCUAACGGAUAUCCGAUUAGUUUCGUGAAAAACAGUCUCAGACGUCAGAGGCAACCCCGAGAUCAGAGUCCAAGUGGAGAAGCGACACAGAGGAAAUAUUAUUCCCUGCCCUACAUGCGAGGAAUUUCUGAAAUGAUGGCCCGACAACUAAGCCGGUUUGGCAUCUGCAUUGCCCACAAGCCGGCGUCCUCCUUACGCGCAGCACUAUCCCGGGCAAAGGAUCCCAUACCCAAAGAACAACAAAGUAACGUCAUUUACCGCAUCCCGUGCGCUAACUGCCGUUGCGUUUAUAUUGGUCACACGGGUCGACAACUUGGGACUCGCAUUAAUGAACACAAGUUAGCUAUCCGCCGACGCGACCCCUUAUCUCUCGUGUUUGCCCACGCUCUUGAUUGUGACCACCGUUUCAAUUGGGACGGUGCCGAAGUGGUCGCCAUGGCUAACACUAAACAUGCACGGAAAUUCCUCGAAGCUUGGCACUCCGGUGCAGGUAGCAUUAACCGCCAUGUUGACCUUGAUGUCCACUACGAGGGUCUCCGAUCACGGUGGACUGACUGGCGUCCACCUUAAGAACAACAACAGCUAAUGCGUGCCCGGACAUGCAUGAUCUCGCCGACACGCCAUUCCUACCACCCUGCCCUACUCCCCCUCCCUCCCCCAACACGGUGAGCCACAGCUUGGACUCACAACACCUAUCCUCACCUCCCGCACCCAUCACAACACAAUGCACACCUCCCCCUCACAAGGUCGUCUGCUCACGUCUCUGUCUGCGUCCUCAACCAGCAGUGUGACAAUGCCACCUCUCACUUUUCACUUUGUCUGACGACGGGUCGGUGCAACCAGCUCGAAAAUUUACGAGUAAAUCUCUAUUUCCGACGGACUUCCUUCUUUCAUCAUAUCAUCUCGGAAUGCAUACUACUUCAGUUAUUCAACAUAUAUAUACAGUAGAUGUGCUAACUCAUGAAAUGUCAACUAAAAUUUCGAAAUGCGUUCUCGUUUCGAAAAGAUAAACUAAGUAGUGUUGUAAAACUGAGCAUGAUGCAGCAUAAUUCUAUAAUGAUCCAGUUACCUCAGCGUGUCCGCUUUCGAAUGAACUUAUUUUAGGCUGCAUGCAAGAUCUACGCUAUGCAAAAAUGACUACUUAAGUAGUAUGCAAUUUUCUCAUUGAUUUUCGAUGCCCUUGAAAAGUCAAUUAUAUUUCAUGGAAAACAUGCAUAAAAAUAUUCAUUUCUUUACUUAUUCGGUAGAAAAGUACGUCUUCUUCCAAUUUCAUACUUAAAAGAAGAGUAUAAUUCGGUUUAAAAAAAGUUCCUUAUUGUGAGUUUUUUUAAUAUCGUUAGAUGGCCGUUCAUGAAACGUCAUGUAUCUGCAUUUACGAAUGUGGCUUGUAAAGUUAGCAAUAUUGCUCAAAUCCACUGUUUAAUUUUAUGAACCUCAUAUGGUCUCCUCUUAACACCGUAGAGAAAUGCAUGGUUUUCCGUACACGGAAAAUAUACAGCUUGUAGUUUUUAAACCCUGAAUGCAAGUGUAACAGCAGGUCCGGUUCAAAAUUAUUCGGGAAUUAGAAAAGUUUUUUAUAACCAAAUUAUACUCUUCUUUUGAGUAUGAAAUUCCUAGAAGACGUGAUUUUCUACCGAAUAAGUAAAGAAAUGAAUAUUUUUAUGCAUGUUUUCCAUGAAAUAUAAUUGACUUUUCAAGGGCAUCGAAAAUCAAUGAGAAAAUUGCACGCUACUUAAGUAGCCAUUUUUUGCAGAGUAUUGAUCCCGCAUGCAGCCGAAAAUAAGUUUUUUCGGAAGCCGACACCCUAAGGUAACUGGAGCAUUACAGAUUUAUGCUGCAUCAUGAUUAGUUUUACAACACUACUUAAUUCAUCUUUUCGAAACGAGAACGCAGUUCGAAAUUUUAGUUGACAUUUCAUGAGUUAGCACAUCUACUGUAUAUAUAUAUAUAUAUAUAUAUAUAUAUAUAUAUAUAUAUUGAGAAGGUGAUACCGACAAAGACAAGGGAGACCGGAAUGGCCAUUUCUGGCUUAUUAGCCGUCAUCAGCCAGUCAUACCCAACCCCAAGUGUGGAUCACUUGAGAUUCGAACCCGGGAUCUUUGGUCAUGUAAUUGAACGCUCUACCAUUGAGCCACGGGCCCGUUGUCCUGUCGGUUGUUAUCGGGAAUAUUAAUUAUGAUAGUGGGCGCUCACCGAUCAGGUUACGGAACAUGGUCGUUCCGUUGUGCCUUGGGGCUCAUACUUAAACCCUCGCAGGCAGUCGCACAGCGACUAGUGAUAUAUGUUGAGAAGGUGAUACCGACAAAGACAAGGGAGACCGGAAUGGCCAUUUCUGGCUUAUUAGCCGUCAUCAGCCAGUCAUACCCAACCCUGGCUGAUGACGGCUAAUAAGCCAGAAUUGGCCAUUCCGGUCUCCCUUGUCUUUGUCGGUAUCACCUUCUCAACAUAUAUCACUAGUCGCUGUGCGACUGCCUGCGAGGGUUUAAGUAUGAGCCCCAAGGCACAACGGAACGAGCAUUUUCCGUAACCUGAUCGGUGGGCGCCCACUAUCAUUAUAUAUAUAUAUAUAUAUAUAUAUAUAUAUAUAUAUCGCGUUCAUCAUCUCCCGAAGAAGACGAAGAAGAAGAGAGGGCGAAUUCAUGGACCAUAUUGUAUUCGAACUGACGUUUCGGAAACUUCCUCGUCUCCAUCAUCAGAGUAACGUAAUUAUUGCACUUGCCGGUCUUGAGUUGUUCAGUCUUGCCGCCUGCCUCGUAUUAUAGCCGUGCUCGACGCACGAACUUUGACCUGCCUGUUUGCCGCUGACUGGCUUAGACCUCCCCGGGGCUGACCGCUGACAGGCCUGCGUGACCUUUGUUCCCUUUGGGGUGGGCGUAAUUGUGGUCAAAUCAACGUGCCGCUUGGCCUCUCCCACGUCAGCCGGUGGACUGAUCGGUCGUUGCUGUACAGGCGAAUCUUUACGCAUAUCGAUGUAUGCUAUGGGCGCACAGCCCUCCGCUCAGCACGCAGAUGGGAGACCUUCGCGAAGCGGGAGUCCUCCACCUACGCUCAGCUGAAAUUCCUGCACAGGUGCCUUGAUGAGGACGUCUUACCGAAAUGCCUCAAAUAUAGACCGCCUGUGAACACUGACCUUUGCCGACGGACGAUGGCAGACUUCAAGAAGAAGAUGAUCAGGGUACUGAUACGAGACUGCCACGCCCGCAUCCACAAGUACCGCCAGAUGAUUGAACAUCAUUCGUCAACUUGACAGUCGAUCUUUACGGCACACGAGCUGGGGAUCCUCAAAGCGGCAAUUCUCGACAACGCACGGCGUCACCGCAAGUUGCGUGAUGACCAGUUGUCUGGAAAAUUUAGGCAAAUAAGUCCGCCAAAGCAGCCCUCUACUGACGGUGCCUUGGUUCACAACUUGUCCUCUCAUCGUUUCACUCAGCAACAACUAGUGGUUCUAUCCUAUGACGCGAAGUUCAGCACAAGAGAUGCUCGACCAGAAGACUUUAUUGCAUCCUUUGAAUCGGCGCUCCAGAAGUGUGAGGCAGGCGAGGAGUGCAAAAACGCUAUGCGACAACAAGUGUCGACCUUACUCCUCCAACACAAACGCCAGAUGACGAUUUCUAAAGCAGAAGAUCGAGAACUUCUGAAGAUACGAAAAAUAAAGGAUAUCGUCACCCUGCUCGCCGACAAGGGGCGCUCGACUGUCGUCAUGGAUAAGGCUGAGUACUGCACAAAACUAGGCAACCUCUUGAUGGACAAGGAAGCUUAUGUGCCAUCAACCGACAGCGAGUUUAAAAAGCUCGUAAACAGCAUAAACAAUACGAUCGGCAAGCUGAGGAAGGCGGGAGCUCUUACGAGAAGGGAGGCGUUGGCCGCAAAAGCCAGUGAUACCGCGAUGGCGCGCUUCUACGGCCUACCAAAGGUCCACAAGCAGGGUGUACCGCUACGCCCCAUCGUCUCCUUACAUGGUACUCGAACCUUUGGGCUUUCAAAGUGGCUGUACCAGUGACUUUUUUCCUUACCAAGGAUUCGGAGUGGACAGUGAAGUCGGCUGAAGAGUUCUUGACGCGCAUCAAACAUCUCGAAGUGGAGGCAGAUGAGGUGAUGGUGUCAUUUGACGUGAUCUCAUUAUUCACCUCCAUCCCACCCGCGCUUGCUAUCGACACUAUUGAUAGCUUUUUCCGGGAAAAGUAUGAUGAGACCGUCCAACAGCUCAAACGAGCACACAUCAUCGAGCUCCUAGAACUGUGUCUUAAGACCUUCUUCACAUUCAACGGCCAAGUCUACGAGCAAAAGAAGGGGACACCGAUGGGCUCGCCUCUGUCUGGACUUAUUGCCGAAGCAGUUUUGCAGAGACUCGAGCAGCAGGUCUUCAGCUCGUACCCCCCGAAGUUCUGGGCCAGAUACGUCGACGACAUGUUCGUUGUAAUCAAGAGGAGCGAGGUGAAGGCUUUCAAGGCAAUGUUGAACGCAAUCUUUGCCGACAUUCAGUUUACUAUGGAAGAGGAAGUCGACAAUCAGUUGCCCUUCCUGGACGUACAAGUUACGAGAUUGACAGACGGGAAGAUAAGGACAACGGUUUACCGUAAGGCAACAAAUACUAGGCGUAUCCUCCACUUCCGAAGCAACCACCCUGUUGGUCAUAAACGCAUUUGUGUCAGAACUCUCUUUCAACGUGUUCAAACACACUGUUGCGAUGACAGUGGGAGGAAGGAGGAGAUGAAUUACUUACAAGCCCUUUUUAAAGCAAACGGCUACCCGAAGUCCUUCCUACGCAAUUGCCUCAAAAAGCCUCAUUUUGAGCGGUCGAGUGGAGAAAAGCCCAAGUUCUGGCUCUCAAUACCCUAUGUGAAGAACCUAUCAGAGGCAACGGCAAGAAUCCUGAAACCUUUUGGGAUUGGUGUGGCUCAUAAACCAGAAUGCACCAUCAGACAGCAAAUCAUGAGGCCCAAACACCCGCUACCAACAACAGAACAGUCGGCGGUGGUCUACAGCAUACCAUGCCUAAAUUGCAAUGCGAUGUAUGUUGGUGAAACGGGCAAACGCCUCGGUACAAGACUGCACGAACACCAACUUGCAAUCAACCGCAAGGACAAGCUGUCUUUGGUCUAUGACCACAUACAAGAACUGAACCAGGAUUUUGCCUUUGAGAAAACGAGGGUAAAUGCUCGAGCCAAUGAGAAUAUGGCCAGACUGGUGCUCAAAAGUUGGUCCUCGACUGGCACGCCCAAACGAAAUAUAGAUCUACAUCCCGCCUACCAGGCGCUGCGUACAAGGCUCGGAUCAGUCCGGACAGGACCAGUAAGGCAAACGAGCACGCGGGACCGAGAGUCAACGCUCACGGAAAAGAGCGGAAUUGGGGGCCAGAGGUCAUGUGACCAAAGCCGAACACUGCCUCACCGAUGCGCCCGCAAAGCUGAAUGCUGCUCACCUGAACGGCAACGACCGAUCAGUCCACCGGCUGACGUGGGAGAGGCCAAGCGGCACGUUGAUUUGACCACAAUUACGCCCACCCCAAAGGGAACAAAGGUCACGCAGGCCUGUCAGCGGUCAGCCCCGGGGAGGUCUAAGCCAGUCAGCGGCAAACAGGCAGGUCAAAGUUCGUGCGUCGAGCACGGCUAUAAUACGAGGCAGGCGGCAAGACUGAACAACUCAAGACCGGCAAGUGCAAUAAUUACGUUACUCUGA